AUGGGAUCGGUAGUUUGUACAAAUAAAAAAAGUCCACCUAGCACAUUGGCUGAUGUGCCCAAUCCAUACUUAAUAGAUGAAAAUCAUACAGAAGUAAAGGAUAAUAAUGAUAAAUAUUUUGAUGAUGGUGAGCUGAAAGAAUUAGAAAAUAAAGAAUUUAAAGUUUAAAAAAUAGGAAAUAAAUGUAUUAAGUAAAAUUAAAAUGAUUAUCAAAGAUGGCAGUCACUAAAUUAGUAUUUAGGUUCUGGUUCAUUUGGUUCUGUUGAAUUAGCCAAGGAUGUCGAAUAGGGAUAAUUUAUAGCUGUGAAAUAAUUGUCAAUUAAAGGAUUCAACCCAAAACAAAUUUAAGCUGUAUAUAUUGAAUCUUGAAGUAGUUAGAAAAUUGAUUAAUUUGAAUAGGAAAUAAGAGUACUAUCAAAAUUAGAUCAUCCAAAUAUUGUAAAGUAUUUAGGAAUGGAACAAACUUAAAGUCAUAUUAAUUUGUUUCUUGAACAUGUGUCCGGAGGAUCAAUUAAAUCAUUAUUGGAAAGGUAUGGCAAAUUCCCGGAGAAUCUAGUCCAAAUCUACACUAAAUAAAUACUCUCUGGAAUUGAGUAUUUACAUAAAAAUGGAAUUAUUCAUAGAGAUAUUAAAGGAGCGAACAUUCUUGUAGAUGGAGCUGGAGUUUGUAAAUUGGCUGAUUUUGGCUCAAGCAAAAGGUUAUCAUUUGCCAAAGAGGAAUGCAAGACAUUUACAGGAACUCCUAAUUGGAUGGCACCUGAAGUAAUUAGUGGAAAGGGGCAUGGGAGAUUUGCAGACAUCUGGUCUUUGGGAUGCACAAUUAUUGAGAUGCUCACUGGCAAACCUCCUUGGUCAGAUGAGACAAAGAAUUAAUACCAAAUUAUUAUGGAGAUCAUGAAAGGAUAGCCUCCAGCCUUUCCACCAAACUUAAGCUCUUAGAUAAAAGAAUUUCUAUCUCAUUGUUUUUAGUAAUUGAAAAGUAAAAUUAUAAUAGAUAAGAACCCCAUAAGAGAUGGAAUGUUAUAAAAUUAAUGAAUCAUCCGUUUAUUCCAAAAUCUAGUAAUACUACUUACUCUGUUGAUAUUAGUAAUAUGUUUAAGGCACUACAAAAAUCAUGA